GGGAGUGGUACGUCAAAAACUGACGCACAGCGGCAGGCCAAACAAGUCCAUAGUUUAAUAGCCAGCACCGCACCACAAUAAUAAUAAUAAUACCAACUGUAAAAUACAUAAAACAAUAAGUCCAGCUAAAAUUACGUGACCAAGUGCAAAGCUACCAACAAAACACAAAAAAAAAAAGAAAGCAAAGCUGAAAAAUCUAUAAAGCAAAACAAGAAAAGUGAAAAGAAGAAAAAAACUGUGAGUGUGCGAAAAACAACAGGCCACAAAUCAGAGCGAAACCCACACAGGACUCACAGCAGAACGGGACCUUGAUUGCAGGUAAAGGCAGCAACAUUGCAACUUAGCAGCAUAGCAACGCAACAACGAAGAACGCCAGGGAGAUACCUUCAAUUGUGGCAAAGUGAAUCCUUGGCCAACCAGGAUACAGCGAGGAGCCACACGAGCUGCCAGGGAUCGUGGCAGGGAUCGGGGAGGAGGAUGCCAGCCGGGGUACAAAAGGACAACAACAAGGAAUCAAAGCUGAAGGAGCGACCGCAGCAAUACUCUCAAGGCAACUCAUGUCAAUGUCAAAGUUGAAGUAGACGAGGGCCAAAACGCUAAGGCAACAAGGGGGCGUCAAGGGGGAGCCACAACAAAGGGGGGGCAACAUAGCAAAAACCAAAAGCAUUUUAACUGCAGAUGACAAAGAAGGUUGUGCUACAUCUACAUAGUAAAUACAAAACAAAUUUAAGCGUAAGGAAACCCACUCCUCCCCAUAACCAGAACCAGAACCACAACCCACUCCCCAAGCAAAACCCAAAGCAAACAUAGGAAGCCGGUGGCGGGGAAGGCCCUUCCCGGAUAUUCGACGGCCGCAGCUCCAAACUGGCAGAGCGGCAGGGACAAGGACAAGGCAUACGGCAACGGAUACGGUGACCCGUGGAAGUGAUACUGCAGGUGGCAACAUGUCCGUGGACUUCAUACUGCCCAAUCGCAACAAGAUCCAGACGAUUGCCUACGCGAGUGCCAGCAAGAAGCAUGUCCAGCAGGCAGCAAAUUCAGGAUCAGGCUUAGCUGCAGGAUUGGGGCCCGGAUCCGGUACAGGAGCAGCUGCUGACUUGCAGAGCUGGCGCCGCCCCAAGCCCAGGAGCUCUGCGGGAAAGCACAAGGCGGCUGCAGAGGAUAGGUCACCCACAGUUCUGAGAAAUGCCAAUGGAAAUGGUCUGGCCAGCAGCGCCAAGUUGCCACUCAAAACGAUGGCCAAGAGGAGCUCCCGUUCGGUGCUCAAGCGAGAGAUUAUCGAGCUGGAUGACGAGGAGGGCGAGGAGCGAGAGGAUCAACUGUGCGAGCACCUGGAGUGGUCCGCCGCCCAGUCCCUGGUCCAGAUGAACUCCUCCAAGCAGGAAAAGCAGCGGCGAGCGGGAACAACUCAGUCAGGUGCCCCUGGGGCAGCUCCCAUAUCCGCUUCAGUAUCGCUGCGCCGUCCAGUGGGUAGAGCUCCGGCGGAGGAUGGCAAGGUGAUCUUCUAUGCCCCGCCCGCCAGCGCAACAGGGGCGCCCCGCCAGCCGGAGCCCGUAACCCUGAAGAGGGAGCGGGAAAGGGAACGAGAGCGUGAGCGGGAGCGCGAAAGAGUGAGGGAGCAGCAACAGGUCACGUCGGCGGCAGCGACGGCAUCGUCGUCUGCAUCGAUAUACCGCGGACGCAGUGUCGAGGAGACGGAGGCCGCCCACGACCUGCUGUCGCUGUCGCAGAGCCUGCCGCCGCUGAUCCCGCCCUGCGUGGUCACCAUCAUGAAGCAGGAGCAGGAGCAGCUGCGCUGCCCGGAGAUCCAGGAGAUAUCGAACAGCGCUUCCAGCCGCUCGCCACAGUCGACCAUUCGAUUCAUUGGCAGCAGCUCCUACGACCUGAUGCACGGCUCCGCGGAGGGCGCCACCACCAACUGCUCGCCGCUGACGCCGCCCAACUCGGAUCACAGCUCCGACGUAGAUAUAGACAUGUCUUCCUCCUCCGAAUCGGGGGUCCAGCACUGGGGCAGCAAGCAGCAACAGCAGCCAUCGUCGUCCCACAAUCACCAUCAGCAGCCGCCGAGGGCGUCGGCCUUGAAGAUGUGCCUCAACAUGCUGGACGGCCGGACCAAGGCCAGCAAGGCCAGGCAGGAGCCGGUCCUGCCGCGUCCCAAGAGCGUCCAGAGCAACGCCUCCAGUCCGGGUGGCGACCAGCCAGAUGUGGCCGUCUCCGUGGCCCCCAGCCACUCGUCCUCCUCCACUGCCUCGGUGGCGGGAUCUGGAGCCGGUGGUGGCAGCGGCGAGAACUAUGCCAAGCGCAAGCGUGGCUGCUACAAGUGCUGCGAGUGUGGCAAGCAGUACGCCACCUCCUCGAACCUCUCCCGUCACAAGCAGACGCACCGCUCCCUGGACUCGCAGUCGGCCAAGAAAUGCAAUACCUGCGGCAAGGCCUACGUCUCCAUGCCGGCCCUGGCGAUGCACCUGCUCACGCACAAGCUCUCGCACAGCUGCGACAUCUGCGGCAAGCUUUUCUCCCGGCCCUGGCUGCUCCAGGGUCACCUCAGAUCGCACACCGGAGAGAAGCCCUACGCCUGCGUCCACUGCGGCAAGGCCUUUGCCGAUCGCUCCAACCUGCGGGCGCACAUGCAGACCCAUUCGGGGGACAAGAACUUCAAGUGCCAUCGGUGCAACAAGACGUUCGCCCUGAAGUCGUACCUCAACAAGCACCUGGAGUCGGCCUGUCUCCGGGACACCGGGGCCAUUGGGCAGGGCAAGGAGAUGGAUCUGGAUGGGGAGGAGGACGAGGAGGAGCUGAACAAGCAGGACGACCUGGAGGGCGAUGAGCUGGACAGCGACGAGAACAGCCAGGACAUCGUGGUGGCCUAAGGAGCUCUCUCUCUCUCUCUCAACUUAGAUACUUUACAACCGCAACCCUAUAAGCAAUAUUCGAGCACCCUUAUCAAAUUAAAAAAAAAAAACUAAAAACUAAAAAGAUUAAGAAAUUAAAAAUCGAAAAUCGAAAAAGAUAAAAGAACAAAAUACUAAGAAUCUAGUCUAGAAAUCGGCUUACUAGCGAGGUAGUUCAUGGAUCUCAAACUCAAUAGAAUCUUCUUCAAGCAGUUAUAUAUACACAGACACUAUAUCUACUCACUUAUAAUCCGAACAACUCUAUCCAAAACUCUCCAAGUUGCAACUUUUUAACUGAACUUGAAACUCGAUCGAUCGAAGGCGAAGGAUGAGGAGCGAUGUGAGGAGGUGACAAAGAGAACAAAAGGUUUGAGAGGGAAAUCCAAAACGUAACUUAUAGUAAAAAUCUGACACAACGAAUAUUAUGGAACAUAAGUAGAAAUUCUAUAUAUAUACACAGAUCAAAUAAGCAUUAUAUACAGAUCGGGAGGAGAGGAAAGGGAAGGGGAUGGCAAAUUAUAUGUAUACAUACGACCUAUAUGAGAAUAAUACCUAGCGAGCAGAACCAAUUUGUGCAUGUUUUUGGUAAAUAUCUACUUUUAGGCAUCGUUUUAGGGCUCUAGAGUUUAUAUACACCCCCCCAGACACACCCAACACACCCAACACACCCUACAACACACGGACGACGAUGCUCAGUUCAAGUCUUAGCAAACUAAUCAAUUAGUGAACUUAUAGCACUUCCUGCAACUCCUAUAUCUCUCUAUCUUGCUCUUAGGCUCUUUUUAACCGUACUUAAUGAUCAACUUAGCAAUCGGAUCAGCAAUCGGAAUCAGAUAUAUAUAUAGAAUCAGAUAUAUAUAGAGACGAACCAUUUUAACCGCUGCGGCAACUUUACACUCUAACCAAGUUUAUAAGACGAGAAUUACUUCCAUAUUAUAUGCUCUAAACUCGAUAAACAGAAAACUACUUCAAUUACUUAGAAAUGAUUAAAAUUAAUGAGAAAACAAUUUAGAAACAUAUCACAAGGACAAUACUUAACAUAAAUAACAGCAUGCAUUCGAGGUAUAUGAGGACGACGACGACGAUGAUGAUGAUGUAUGGUGCAGAGGUAUAUGCGACUUGCAACCCCAAUUAAAACGACGACACUCUCUCAUACAUACAUGCAGCAUGCAGCAACAAAGUACUUACGAAAUAGUUAUUUUAUUACUAGCAUUAGACGCCCCCCCGUGUACAUAUAUUUACAUGCAAGUUUAAAAACCAUUUUAUACAAGAAACUCCCCCCCAAAUACCCAGCAAUCCCCUCGAGCUUUGGCCCAGCCAAAGGUUUCUUAUAGCGAUGAUCCCCAAGAUGCAAGAAGAUAUCUAAUGGAUAUCUGAUGGAUAGGACGAUGGAGAUAGAAGUAGAAGACGCACUUGUAAAACAAAUGAUAACUAAAAGCAAUUCCAAAGUUAAGUGACAUAGUUUUAACGAACGAAAAACCAAAAAUACAAAAAUUUGUAAUUCCAAAAAAACAAAAAAUCGAAAAGUAUUGA